UUGGCACCGAAAAUUUUUUACUCUGCAAUUAUACUGCCAACGACUUCGACACCUUGUCCGUCAAAGAAGUUGGAGAUGGCAACCUUAACUUCGUCUUCAUCGUUCUCAAUUCCAUAGGUUCUUUUGUCAUCAAGCAGGCUUUGCCUUAUAUUCACUGCAUUGGGGAGUCAUGGCCGAUGACGAAGGAGAGAGCAUAUUUUGAAUACUUGGGGCUGAAAGAAGAGGGUCGCUUGAGCCCUGAGCAUGUUCCUGAAGUUUACCACUUUGACCGUACAAUGUCAUUGAUCGGCAUGCGUUACUUGGAACCGCCACAUAUAAUAUUAAGAAAAUGGUCGAUAGCUAGAAUUGAGUACCCUUUGCUUGCAGAGCACAUGGCUAAUUUCAUGGCCAAGACACUCUUUUUCACUUCCUCCUUUUUCGUACAACUUCCGAGCACAAAAGGGACGUUUUCCCCUUAUCUCGAUCGUGAUGCUGAAGCUGUUCGGGAAGACAAUCUGCUGAAGCUUGAAGUUGCUGAGCUGAAAUCCAAGUUCUGUGAGAGGGCCCAGGCUCUAAUACAUGGAGAUCUGCACACUGGUUCUGUUAUGGUUACUCGUGAAUCAACACAAGUUAUUGAUCCAGAAUUUGCAUUUUAUGGACCAAUGGGUUUUGAUAUUGGAGCAUUCCUGGAAAAUUUGAUUCUGGCUUACUUUUCUCAAGAUGGACAUGCAGAUCAAGCAAAUGAUCGAAAAGUAGGUUUCCUUCUUUAUGUAUAUUGGUUGUGUACUCUUGUGGCUCUUUGUGGCUUCUACACUUAGCAUAGUCCAAAGUUUUCUAUCGGAAAAAAAAAAGAAGGAAUGAAAUAGAAAAACACACAGGCACACACACCCUUAUUCUGCAUAAUCUGAUUUAAACGCUUUUGAUUCUCUUUGGUUCUUUUCGGAGGCCAAAUCUGUGCAUUUUUACAGUUUUGAAAUACCUUGGACUGUUCUGUUGUUUUGUCCUGCCUUGUCUUGUUUGUGCAUUUUUACAGUUUCAUUUAUU